ACUCAGCAGUUGUUUUGAAGGCAGUGCAGUGCAGUGUGCCAUGCAUUCCACAGCGACCCAGCAUGGCCAGUCCGAAUGGCGAUGAUCUUAGUUGAACAUCGGAACAUGAACAUGAAUGAUGACUGGUAAUCAUGGUAAUGCACUAGUAGUAAGUAGUAUAGUAAAUGCCGUAAAUGCCGUAAUAAUAAUGCCUAAUGCACACGGUACUCGGUAGAUCGACUAGGACUAGUACAAUGUAGUACAGUACUUAGUUGCUGCCUGUACUGGUAGAUCUACGUAAGUCGUAAUGACCGUCGUUGUUGAACAGGGCAACAAAGCAGGUGACCGACUUCUCCCGUUACGUACCGGUUCGUAGAAAUCGUCCGCAUCCAGACCAGAGUUCUUGAAACGGGAACGAUAGCGUCGUGGCUGGCGUGGUGGGGCCAGAGAAGGUGAUCUGCGACAGGGAAAGAAGAUCGAUCAGCAAGUGCAUGCAGCUAGGUCCGCGGCAUGGGUGCCCUGCACUAUCAACUCGAGAACCGUUUUUGUUGAAGCUGUGAAGAGAACGAUGGAGACGGCAUUUCGAAGCAGUCUCAAGAUGAUAGUGGUUCUAGUCUUCUAUUUCAAUGUAAUCCGGGAUGCCAGUAGUGUGAUAGUUGAUGCCUCCGGUGAUGGUGUUUCAGCUGCUACGCCGGUGCCAAAGUGCACUUCUCUUCCCGUGACUAACCACCGCACAUGCUGUAACUACAACAGCAAUAUGUCAUGUUGUCGUGAUUGGACAGCAUGGCACACAAAAAUGACCCACUGCAAUGCCAAUAAUCUAGCUCCAUACAAUCUCACAGUUGAGCAAAUAAGCCAUGAGUUGAGAUUCCUGUGGACAGCUCCACUGAAUGAUUCGGAUGUAUUUGGAUAUAGACUAAGCCUAUCGUGCCAGUGGGAAAACAGAGAGAGCAAAUCACUACCAACUGCACUGAUAUCUUCCACAGAGUGUUUUGAACUGAAUAGCAAGGAGAUGACCAUGGUCCAAGUCACACCGUAUGCUUGUAAGGACAGGUAUUCUUGGUUACCAAACAACUGCUUGCAUAGCUCUAUUUACGCUGAAUUCUACCGCUCUGCAAAGCAAGAUGCAACAGCUCGAUGUCAACUUCAUGUGUCCUCUUUGCCUGCCGUCAGUCAUAAGCUGGCAACUAUUACCAAGACAUUUGAGCUAACAAGUUGUCGUGACCGUGGCUGUCCACUACAUCGGUUUGCAUUUCGACAUGGUUGUAAUGAGUUUUAUAACAUUGAGCAGUUGAGCCAAUUCAAGAGUGACAAUUACACUGAUGUGCGACUAUGCGAAUGUGAUAUACGAAAGCCAAGCUGGCUGGAUUAUGAUAGUGGGAUGCUGAAGUGGUCUCCACCAAAUGACACUGUAUUUGCGUCUCACAAGUACAAUAUUCGCUUCUAUUCUCGAAACUCUGGUCGGCAUGCCGGGAAUCGCAUGAUGGUCUCAUGCAAGGACAAGAAGAUCUGUCAAGCAAAUAUGUCUGCUUUACCCGCUACUGGUGGUGAUAUGUUUGGGAUUCAAGCUAUCUCUUCUACGCCGGUGAUUACUUAUUCUGGCUAUGCAUGGGUUGCAGUUAGUAAUCCAGCAGUAGUUACUACGCCUUCUGUGGCAAGUACCAUAUCCGUAUCACGUCGGAUCGGGAACACACAGGACGCCCAGACUGCUAGUGACAUGGUGACAAGCAAUAGUGUUAGUGAUGGCGUGCUGAGUAGCCAAGGCAAGACUCUACUUCCUGCCAUAACAGAUGACGGACAAGCUGAAGCAGAAAAUAAACAGGGAUCCGAUUAUCUUUUAGUUGUCAUUCUCGUGGUGGUCAUCUUUGUCCUCAUCUGUAUAGCUGCUCCCAUUGUGAUCAAACGGACCUGUCAGCGUUCCAUAAUAUCUGAAAACGGUUCUGCAAGGAAAAGUUAUGACCAUUCUCAUGAAAAAAAGUCACAUGCAGUGGACGAUGACACAACUGUCACAAGUAUUGGAAGUCAGGAGUACUUGGAAACCUCAGUACAGAUUGACGAACGUUUUCGAUUAGCCACGAAACCACCAGCACCAGCGCCAGCUCUAUCAUUGCCAGAGCACAGUGUGUAUAUCAGCUUUGCUCGUUAUCCAGACUCAAACUUGGAAAGAGCAGAAAGGCUAGCAAGGCAACUCCAAGAAAGAGGACUGAACGUCAACAUCGCAAGCUUUGAGUUCAACCAGCAUGAUGAGACAUACUGUCAAAAUGUCACUGGGUGGAUUGAAGGUCAAAUGGAGCUAAGUCGGCAUAUCCUCGUUGUAAUAUCUAGCUAUUAUCCACACUGCUGUUCAGAUCGUCCAAAGCUGGCUCACCUGCACAAUAAACAGCAGCAGCAGCAGCAAUGUCGUCAAGAGCAACUCCAGCAACAGCAGAUAAAUGAGCAGCAGUACCAAGGGGAAUGCCAACUGCAACUCUACCAGCAACAACAGCACCUCAAGCAACAUCAGCAGCAGAAAUCAAGUGUUGGGGUACCAUUCAGUGCUCCUCAUCAAAUCAACGACACUCUCCAUCAGCAACAGCAGAUCAUCGACCAGGUAGAUUACUUCAGUACAGCUAACGUCCCCGUAACCUGCAAUGGCCAAGAUCUAGCACAUGUGGAGAGAUCCAACAAGGAACGUAUGCAGAAGCUACUCUUGCUACAGCGCUACAAGGAAGAAAGGCAGCUUUCCCCGUAUGCAUGUCAAACUGAAUCUACUGUACGAGUCUGCAAUGAUGAUGCCCACCCGACCCCGGUGCAGACACAUGGAUAUUCAGCAUCUGAUCUUGAUGAUCUUGACCCCCUAGCAGCACACGAGUGCCGCAUAAUUGACGGUCUGAAAACCGAUAAGCAUCGUGUGAAGAACAUUAUCCCCGUCUACCUGGACACCAGUAUGCUUCCUGUAGCCGUGCCACCCUACCUACGUGCAGCAUGUCGCUACUUUGUCAAUCAAGCCGGAGGACCGGCCAGCAUUCCCAGUGCAUACCGAGACUUAACACUGAGCUUUGAAGCACUGGUCAUGCGGCUAACUUCAUGAAUUACCCACUAUGGCCAGAAGCCGCGUAUGAAGCCUCAGCAAUCGCAGAAACAGCACCAGCAGCAGCGAAGCCAGCAACACUAGAGGCAGCUGGAGGAGCACAGUGGCAGCAGUCCGAGCAUAUCAGGCUCCCAACAUGAGUCCGAGUCCAGCAUCAAUCCUAUUAUUUGUAGAGUUGACUUGAUCUGAGCAAGAACUGCCUUGAAUAACAUAACUUGACUGUUGGUAAAUAAUUAUUACCGUGAUAAGGUUACAUGGUCCGCAUCCGUUGUGAAGCUUUCCGGAUUGGAGUGCAGAAUAUCACAUUGACUAUGGGCAAGGGAAGAUUACCACAAGGAAAUGGAUCAAUGCUGAAACGAGCAGAUACUAUUGAGAUUGAAAUGGUGUAUACAAUAUUUGCGUAAUAUUAUCAUUGGCCAAUUUGCUAAAAUCAAAUUGCAAGCACCGCUAUGUAUGUGCACAUGCCUGUUCAUGCAUGCACGCAUACGUGCAUGUAUGCUUGCGUGUAUGUAUGUGUGUGUGUGUGUGCACGCGUGCGUUUAUGCAGACAUGUACAAUGUGUACAUGGAAUGGUGUCUCGUUCAUGUACACACUCCAAAGGGAGAUGAAGAUUCGGUAAAGAUUGCUUUGUUCAGGCACAGAUCAUUUUGGACUUUCUGCAUUGUCUCUCUUGAUCUCUGUGGACUUGCGCUAGCUGUUCAAGUCAAAUGCGAGGACCAUUAAUUUUGUUGCACGAUAUUUCUCUUGAGAACUUGAAACCAAUACUGAUAAUAACCAUGACAUCAUAUACAGCAUUGCACUACAAGACCGUUCAUUGCUCCAGCUGGCUGAAAUUAUGUUGAUUGGUCACCUAAUGAAAUGUGCACUGAUUUGGGAUUCAGUCGCGGAGUUUUCCCUUCA